UCCCCGACCCUAUUCCCCCCACACCUUAAGCUCUAAAACGGUGAGCCUCACGGCGUCUAUGUCCUACACAACGCCGCGAUGGCCUGUGAGACUCGCACGGUUAAGUACACACCACCACCACUUCAUUAUUAUAUAGAGACGAUAUAAGCUUUCUUCCAUUGCCUUCCUCGCUUGGCGUCGCGCCCCCUGUGACCGUUCCCUCCCCGUUGUUGCGGUUUUGCGACUCCGCCGCCGGCAGCUCGCCUUCAUGAACCGGAGCAGCAACCAGAAUCCCCAUCCUAAGCUAAAGACCCAGCCGCGGGCUCUCUUCUCCUGCGGCAUCUUCGGCAACUGCUCACAGUCCGUUCUCAGCCCCACCACCCCUCCCCCCUCCUCCGCCACCUUCCUAGCCUCCGCGUCGCCGCCACCUGCGGCUACUCCUCCUCCGCCCUCAGCCUCGACGCCGCCGCCCCCUCCUCAGCAGUCCGUCGCCUCCGACCCGCCGCGGCCGGCCCAACCCGGACGCCCUCCUCCUUCCUCCUCGUCCUCGUCGUCCUCCUCCUCGUUUACUUCCCAGAGCUUCACCCAGUGGAGAUUCCCCUUGCACCACCACGAUCAGCAGCAACUACCGCCUGACACGGAGCGUCCACCGCCGGCCCUCGACACGUGUGCCGCUGCCUCCUUCAACCUCGCUGAGGUAUUUCAUGCCGCCGAGCUCCAGUUCGCCACCGGCGUCAGCCUCCCGGCCCUGCGUCUGCUAGAGAGAUCCCUCGCCCCGGGCACCGCUCCCUCGCCGGCACCCUGCCCUCCGAAGGUGAUGGCCGGGGUGGUUGCCGCCCUGCGGGUCCCGGCAUCGGCCCGACCGGCGGCCAAGGUGCUCCUCGCGCUGCUACUCGCGGACCACAACCGGCGGACCGCGGUGGAGACCGGAGCCGCGUCGGCUGCGAUUGAGGCGGUAGUGGCGUCGGGGCCAGCGGGGGCGACGGCGGAGCGGGCGCUAGCUGCGCUGGAGCUGCUGUGCAGGGUCGCGGAGGGGGCGGCCGAGGUACGGGCGCACUCUGCGACAUCGGCGGCGCUGGCGGGGGCGGUGGAGGGGAUGGCGGGCAGGGGGAGGGAGUGCGCCAUCGGGGUGAUGGCGGCGAUCUACGGAGGGCCAGCCGCGGGGUCAGCACCGCCGGAGGUGGGGAGGGCGGUGGUGGUUGCGAUGCAGGGGGAGUGCAGCUCGCGGGGAAGGCGGAAGGGGGCACAGCUGCUGCGGGCGAUGCAGGAGUGCGGGCGGCUGGAACUCCCCACCGACGGGUGCUGACGGCAUACCGUGAAUGUCACAGAGAGGGCGAGGGAGACUGGGAGAGAUGGGGCGGCAGAGAGCAGUGGCGGACGUACGUGCGUGAGAGGGACGUGACGGGGAGAAUGGUUGUCAAUGAGCGUGUCAGAAGAAAGAGAGAGAGAGAGAGAGAGAGAGAGAGAGAGAGAGAGAUCGUGCUGUUCAUUUGUGGGUACUGGUUGUGAUGGACCUGCUGCGAUCCAAUGACAGAUCAAGUCACAGUACUUCCAUCCAUCCUCGGAUUCUUGAUGUAGUAGUAAAUAAUUGACAUCAUGAUCGUAUUCGAC